AUGGCGGUAGGAAGGGACUUAUUGGGAAAGAAAAACCACGUGAUAUCGAUAAUCGGAGAUGGAGCAAUGACAGCUGGACAGGCUUACGAGGCCAUCAACAAUGCCGGUUAUCUCGACUCGAAUCUCAUCAUAAUCUUGAACGAUAACAACCAAGUCUCCCUCCCCACGGCCACUGUUAACGGCCCUGCUCCGCCAGUCGGGGCUUUAAGCAAAGCCUUAACAAAGUUACAAUCUGCAAAAGGCACGGCAAAGAAAUUCGGAGAAAUUAAACCGGAGGGUAGCAUUUUCGAGCAGCUCGGGAUUUACUACAUUGGCCCUGUGGAUGGCCAUAACAUAGAAGAUCUCGUUCAUAUACUCGAAAAAGUUAAAGAUAUUCCGGCCAUGGGGCCCGUUUUGAUUCACGUUAUAACCGAGAAGGGAAAAGGAUACCCUCCGGCGCAAGCUUCACCCGACAAAAUGCACGGUGUUGUGAGGUUCGAUGCGAAAACCGGGAAACAGACGAAGCCUAAAUCGAGCACGCUUUCGUACACUCAAUAUUUCGCCGAGUCUUUAAUAGCCGAAGCUAAGGAAGAUGAAAAGAUAGUAGCUAUCCAUGCGGCUAUGGGAGGUGGGACCGGGCUUAAUUCUUUCGAAAAUAUUUUCCCGAAAAGGUGUUUCGAUGUGGGAAUAGCCGAGCAGCAUGCCGUGACUUUUGCUGCCGGUUUAGCGGCCGAGGGGCUCAAGCCGUUUUGCGCCAUCUACUCGUCUUUUUUGCAGAGAGGGUAUGAUCAGGUGGCGCAUGACGUGGACCUUCAGAAGCUUCCGGUGAGAUUUGUUGUGGACAGGGCGGGGCUUGUGGGGGCCGAUGGGCCCACUCAUUGUGGGGCCUUUGACACGACUUUCAUGGCCUGUUUGCCGAAUAUGGUGGUUAUGGGCCCGUCUGACGAGGCCCAACUCAUGCACAUGAUUGCGACUGCUGUGAGGAUUGAUGACCGGCCGAGCUGCAUUAGGUUUCCGAGAGGGAAUGGUGUGGGAGUGACUCUUCCAUUUAACAACAAAGGGACUCCUAUGGAGGUUGGUAAGGGGAGAGUUUUACGGGAGGGGAGUCGAGUGGCGAUAUUGGGUUUUGGAACGAUAGUACAGAGUUGUUUGGAAGCUGCUGAGAUUCUUAAGGGAGUAGGGAUGCUUGUGAGUGUGGCUGAUGCAAGAUUUUGCAAGCCUCUUGAUGGGGAUUUGAUUAGGAAGCUUGCUAAGGAGCAUGAGAUUCUAAUCACUGUUGAGGAAGGCUCUGUUGGGGGAUUUAGUGCACAUGUUUCACAUUUCUUGUGCUUGAAUGGCUUGCUUGAUGGCAAUCUUAAGUGGAGGCCCAUGGUGCUGCCUGACAGAUAUAUAGAGCAUGGGGCCCAAAGUGAACAGAUAGAGGAAGCUGGGCUAAGCCCAAAACAUAUUGCUGGUACUGUUUUGUCACUAGUUGGUGAAGCCCAGGAUAGCUUCCACUUGCUCAAUUUGUAAAUUAUGCCAAAUGGACCCAAUUACAGAUGUAGUGUGUGUAUUUCUUUACUUGAAAGAAAUUAAGGCAGCAAUUUUUGUUUAA